GUUCCUCUUUCAUUUCUUGUAUGCAAUUAAUUUUCAGUCUCUCUCUCUCCUUUUGCUUCCCAUUUUGUCAAGUAGAAUGAAAUAUUUUGCUGCUUAAUUGAGUGACCGAGUGUCUUCUUGUCUUAGCUUCUUCUUCUUCUUCUUGAUAUCUUACAGAUACAGUUUUUUUGCAGGUGCAAAUAUACAUAUAGUGACUUGAAAAGAUGCAAGCAACAUAUCCACUUGGAGCAUUGAUUCGCCCAAACGACAAGGAAUUGUUGCAACUUCUGGUGGAGAAAAUACUUGGCUAUGAUGAUCCAAGAAUCCCUGUGAUUAAUAUCAAUGAUUGUGAGCCUUGGGAAUUACCUCAGUUCUUGGGAGUAGACUCAAGUGAUCGCGAGUGGUAUUUCUUUCGUCGUCGCCAAGAACGAAACCACAGGACAACCAAGGCUGGAUACUAUAAAGUUACCGGCAAGGGAAUCAAGAUUAAGGAUAGACAGGAAGAGAUUGGUACAAAAACAUUCUUGGUUUACUAUAAAGGUCGCACUCCUAAGGGGGUCAUCACCGGCUGGAAGAUGCACGAAAUAAAUGCAACUUGUUUGCCAGAACACCAGCGGAGUUUCAUUCUGUGUAAAUUAAUUGAUAGGUCAGAUAAUGAAAGUUAUCUGCCAAACUACAAUGAAGGUGAACAGGUUUCCAAUAUGGUUGGCUCUGAUUCCUAUCAGAUGACUAACUAUUCAACCUUCAAUGCUGGUGAAACAAGCUGGUCUGAAAACCAAGCAACAGAUAAUGGAAUUCCACAACAGGAAGCUACUGAACUAGCACCAUAUCCGGAAUCAUUCCAUUGCUGGACUGGGCAGAAUUGCACAUCAAAUAACUGGCUUCUGCCACCAGAAGCAGAGCAAGGUCUCUUCUAUGAUAAUUUUGGCUCUUCCAUGUUCCCACCCGAAGCAUCCCAGUUCUAUGGGAACACCAACUGAGUUUAAGCAUAUCGAUCAACAUGGGAAAAAGAGUGAUGUUAGAACUAAUAUGAAUGUAUAAUAAGAGAGAUCAUCUAUGAUGAUUCAUCUCAACUCCAGUGUGUGUUUUAUUUUUAGUUUCUUGCUAUUUUGCUAUCUUCCUUAAUGUAAAAGUCUGUAUCAGGAACUAAUAUAGCUUGUUCCACCAAGGCUUCUGUACUUUUGAAUUCCAUGCUCUGCAGACAUUGAAUAAAAGUAUCUUAGGCACUUUAGCUAAUGCGGUCUUGCUUUAGUGGUAAAGGUUGAGACCUUGGAAUUUUAUCCAUUUAUUAUUUGUAUUUUUCACAUUCAAAUAUAUUUUGACUUAAGACUAGUUA